CCUGCAUAUAUAGAUGUAGUGCGCGAAGAAAAAGCAGCAAUUGGAGAAUUGAAUCAGUCAUCUCCCAAAUGACAUUCUUAUCUACAUCCUCUCUUUUCUGAGGCUUGAAGAUGCAAUGAGGACAAGUGUUCUUUCGAAACGUUGGAUAGAUCUUUGGACGUUUGUUCCUAGACUCAAUUUUGAUGCUUCAAAGGAUAUGGCAGAGAUUUUGAGCUUUGAUGAAUCCUUGUUGAAAUUGGAAGACGGUAAGAUUUAUCGCAACUCUUGUCGACCCAAACGUCGGAAUUAUGUUAAGUGGGUUAAUAAGGUGCUGCAAUCUCACAAGUCCGUGGAUUUGGACAUGUUCAGAAUUUGCUUUGAUCUGAAUCGAUCUUACCGUCAUCACAUUGAUAGGUGGCUUCAGUUUGUGUUUGCAAGGAGAGUGGAGAGGCUGGAAUUACCAUGGGUACUGCUUUAACCAAGAAGUCUUACAUUUUUUCUCAGGGCUACUUUAACAAUGGCAUGAAUAUUAAUUGCCACGCAUUCAAGUCUCUCAAGGCUUUGAGUUUUGGAUACAUAGAAGUGUCUGUCAGAGUACUCAGAUUUUUCUUGGAUAAUUGUCCUUUUCUUGAUUUCUUAUCAGUGGUGCAAUCUAGUUGUCUAAUAAGGUUAGAAGUUCGCGGCCCGUCUCUCAGAAGGGACUAAAACUCCAAACAUCGCUCAGAAGGGACUAAAACUCCAGAUCUAAAUCGAUAAUUUAGAUCUAUAUGGCUAGAAGUCUCAGAUCUAUAUAGAUCCUUCAUUUGCAAAAUCAUUUAACCUCAUAUCCUUCUUCAAUUUCUUCAAAGAGCUGUGGAUCUUCUUCUUCUGUAUCAGAUCUGUUGAAGAAAACCUACUAAAAGUACAUCUAAAGAAAAAAGCUCUCCCAAAUGGGAUCAACCAAAACUUCUAUACGGAAGAGCAAUACCCCAUAAAGGGAGAGUGAAAUUUCCACAUACGGAAAGAGCAAAAACUAAAACUAGAAAACAUAGUAAAAGAAUUGAGCUCCUUCAUCCACCAUUAAUGGUGGAUGGAGAAGAGAAAGAAAUUUUGAAAAAAGGGUUUUUUUUUAGAAAGAAGGAGGAGGUUCUCUCUCUAG